AUGUGCAACAAGAUUUCUGAAGAAGUGCAAGUUUUCAGUCAAAGAGUUGCAGCCACAGUGAACUUUUUAGCAAGAAAUAAAGCAUUGCCGGAGGAAUGCAGAGGGACAGCUAUCUUUAUAAAUGUGAUGGAUCAGGUGUUCGACUCAUUCAACGGAUCAAAGUACAAGGACGACGCAAAACCUUUAAAAGGACGUCCAAGAAGAAAGUGCGCAUUUAAAGAAGUGCGCAUUUAA